UAUUUUUGUGUUCAUUCUAGCAAGGUCGAAAUUUCCUCCUCUUCUCAAAAUGGCCAACGAGCAACUUGAAAGAUGAAAAAUGACGUGUUGUCCCUAAAGUGUGCGUCUUUGGUGUAGAGGGCGUGACGUGGCGUGGCCUCCCCCACGGACCCCCCCGGACAUCGUCCCUCGCCAGUCUGGACGUUUGAGGCCAUCAUGAGCGGACGCGUUGGAGAUUUGAGCGCUGAGCAAGCUGCUUCGUUAACGCAGUUUCGGGACAGAAUCGCAGACGUCCUUCUCGAGCUUCCGGCCCAACACGACCGCUACCUGCUCCGCUGGCUCCGAGCCAGAAGUUUCAAUGUUGCCAAAGCCGAAGUGAUGAUCAGGAAGCACGCCGACUUCAGGAGGACCAUGCAGGUGGACGGCAUCGUUUCGGACUGGACGCCUCCCGAGGUGAUCGUCCGCUACGUGUCGGGGGGCGCGUGCGGCCACGACAAGGAGGGCAGCCCCGUCUGGUACGACGUGGCGGGCCCGCUGGACCCCAAGGGUCUCCUGAUGUCGGCCAGCAAGCGGGACUUCCUGAGGACCAAGAUCAGGGACAUGGAGAUGCUGCAGCGCCAGUGUCGAGCGCAGUCCCGCCAGUUGGGCGUGAACGUGGAGUCCAUCACGCUGAUCUACGACUGCGAGGGUCUGGGCCUCAAGCACAUGUGGAGGCCCGCCAUCGAGACGUACGGCGAGAUCCUGACCAUGUUUGAAGACAACUACCCGGAGGCGCUCAAGAGGGUCUUCCUCAUCAAAGCUCCCAAAGUGUUCCCGGUGGUCUACAACCUGAUCAAGAACUUCCUGUGCGAGGACACGCGCCGCAAGAUCAUCGUUCUCGGAAGCAACUGGCAGGAAGUUCUUCGAGCCCACGUGGACGCCGAGCAGCUUCCGGCGGCGUACGGCGGGACCCGGACCGACCCGGACGGGGACCCUCGCUGCAGAACGAUGAUCAACUACGGCGGCACGGUGCCACGUUCGUACUACAUCCGUAACACCGUCAAGGUCCAGUACGACAACGUCGUCACCGUCAGCCGCGGCGCCGUCUUGCAGUUGGAGUACGACGUCAGCGCCCCCGGAAGCCUGCUGAGGUGCCAGUUCGCCAGUGACGGCGGCGACAUCGGCUUCGGCGUGUCCCUCCGCAGGCGGAAGACGGCGGCCGUGCUGGACGUCGUUCCCGCGCAGCGCUGCAACGCCCAUCUGGUGCCCGAGGACAACGUCGUCGCCUGCCCCGAAGUCGGCGUGUACGUCUUGUCUUUCGACAACACCUACAGCGUCCUGCGGUCCAAGCGCGUCAGCUACACGGUGGAGGUGCUUCCUCCGGCGCCGUGACGGAGGUUCUGCACCGGACCGGACCGGACCUGCUCGCCAGUUUUCAGCGCGCCGC